CCUUGUCACCUUGGUCACCUGAGACCUGAAGGAGCAGGAACUGACAGCUGGCUAACAGUACACUUGUGCAGGGAGAGAAGAAGCAAACUGAAGUAUGACAUUCCGAAGAAUGUUUUCAGAGUUAAACUCUACUUCUGAUGAAGACCUAGAGUGUUCUUUUCUUCUGUGAAACAUCCUGACUGAGCACCAGCUCCCCUGAAACCCUGGAGCCCAUGGCACCCUCCCUUUCCACAGGGCCUGACAGGGCCACUGUGCUCCUAGAGAUGGCAGUCGUCAGGACAUUGCCAGCUCCCUCUUCACAGUACCUCCUGAUACCAACCUGGUUGCUUUGCAUUCAGAACAGAACCAAGUUGUCUGUCAGUCCUAAGUUCCUAAGUUCCUGAGUUGCAGGUAUUGAUUUCUGACUUUGGAAGAUGGAUGAAGGUGCAGAAAUCUCGAGUGAUGGAAAUUCCUUGAUCAAAGCCGUCCAUCAGAGCCGGCUUCGUCUCACGAGACUUUUACUGGAAGGUGGUGCCUACAUUAAUGAAAGCAAUGACCGUGGAGAAACACCUCUAAUGAUUGCUUGUAAGACCAAACACGUUGACCACCAGAGUGUCAGUAAAGCCAAAAUGAUUAAAUACCUGUUAGAAAACAAUGCCGAUCCCAACAUACAAGACAAAUCUGGGAAAACCGCUUUGAUGCAUGCUUGCUUGGAAAAAGCAGGUCCUGAAGUUAUUUCUUUGCUCCUCCAGAGCGGAGCUGACCUCAGUUUGCAAGACCACUCCGGUCACUCAGCUCUCGUGUACGCCAUAAAUUCAGAAGACAGAGAGACCCUGAACGUUCUACUCAGUGCUUGUAAGGCGAAAGGGAAAGAGGUCAUCAUCAUCACGACAGCGAAAUCGCCCUCUGGGAAGCACACGACCAAACAGUACUUAAAUGUGCCUCCUGCAGAAAUAGAUAGGUGUCUUUCCCCCGACACCUGCACCACUCCUUCAGGAAUCGACAUCACAACAGCCUCGCUGCCACUGUCACAUUCUUUGGAAACUGAACUGACACUUUUUGACUUUAAAAAUCCUGAGCCUUUGGGAAGCAGCAAUGAUGCCCGGGACCCAGGUUCCCCUAUGCAGAUGCCUACUACUGCCCCUGGUGGACCGAGGCUGUCCCAGGCACCCCCCUGGAUCAAGAGUGCCCCAUCACUGAUGCACCAGAACAGAGUGGCCUCCUUGCAAGAGGAGCCCCAGGACAUCACUCCAGAGGAAGAAUUAUCCUAUAGAACCAAUGGUCUGGCCCUCUCGAAGCGAUUCAUCACGAGGCACCAAAGCAUCGACGUGAAAGACACAGCCCAUCUGCUGAGAGCCUUUGAUCAGGCCAGCUCCAGGAAAAUGUCAUAUGAUGAAAUAAAUUACCAGUCUCUUUUUUCAGAAGGAAAUCAGCAGUGCAUUGAAAUCCCUGCUGACCAGGACCCAGACUCUAGCCAGACAGCAUUCGCUUCCACCUUAAAAAGCAUAGUUCAGAAGAGAAACUCAGGGGCCAAUCACUACAGCUCUGACUCACAGCUCUCAGCUGGCCCUGUCCCUUCAAACUUGGAAGAUGGCAAAGCACUUACAGGAAAGAGAAAGAUCCUCUCGCCAGCUCCUGUCCAACUGUCGGGGCCCAAAGAAUUUCUGGAGAACAUCCCCCCAGGUCCCCUGAGCAGGAGGAGCCAUGCCGUUCUAGAAAGGCGUGGCUCAGGGGCUUCCUCAUUUGAUCACAGUGUCACACAGACCAGACCAGGGUUUCUGCCACCCUUACAUGUAAGUCCUCACCCUCCUGUCGCUGAUGUCAACGUCAACAAGAUCUGCAGCCUUCUUUCUUGUGGCCAAAAAGUGCUGGUGCCCACAGUUCCUGUUUUCCCUAAAGAAUUCAAGAGUAAGAAAAUGUUGUUAAGGAGACAAUCAUUGCAAACAGAACAAAUUAAACAAUUAGUAAACUUUUAAGACAUGAGUGUAAAACACAUUUUCUUCAAAUGUGUAUAUCCGAGAACUAGAGAAGAAAUCUUAAAUGUUCAUAC